AUGCCAUCAUCUAUUCAACCUGAAGAAUUUGAAUUGGUACAUUUAACAGAUAAGCAAAUUAUCGAAUUUACAAGAUCACAAAAUGCACAAUCGUGGAAAGGUGCAUUAUCAACUAAAGAUUAUGUAUUGAGAGAACAUGUAUUGGGUAAAUCUAGGAUGGCAACUACAUCCCCUAAUAGAUUAUUAGUUUUUAUGUUGAAGAAAAUUUCAAAUAAUACUCCAUUAUGUUCAAUUGAAUUAUUAAUUAGAAAAUCUAAACGAUUUGAAUAUAAAGAUGGUAAUGUUGAAGAAAAAGAGAUUUUAAGUGGGUGUAUUGGUGGUGUUUACACAUAUCCUGAACAUAGAGGUAAUGGAUAUGCUAGAAUUAUGGUUGAUAAGUUAGUUACUAUAGGAAAAGAAAUUAUUGGUGAAGAUGGAUUUAUAUUUUUAUAUUCAGAAGUUGGUGAAUAUUAUGCAAAAAAUGGAUUUUUAUCAUUAGGUGUUGAUUUAAUUAACGUUCCUUUGUUGGAUUCUUCAGUUGAAGAUAUAAAUGAAUCAUUUGAGAUGAUAAAUUAUCAUGAAUUUGAUGAAUUGAUGGAUAUUUAUAAAAAUCAAUUUGAAAAAGGUAUAAUUGAUAAAAUUACUAAAGAUAAACUCACAAGAAUUUCGGUUAUUCCACAUUCAAAUAUAAUUGAUUGGUUUCAUUUGAGAUCAAAAUAUAUUUCAUAUAAAUUAUUUUAUGAAUCAAAAGAUUUAAAUCCAAUUGAUUUUUAUAAUGAAUCUUAUGAACAUAUAAAAUCAAGAUUAAGUGCUAUUGAACCUCAAAAGUUUGGUAUUAAAUUAUUUAAUUCUCAAAAUAUUCCAAUUGGAUUUAUUAUAUGGACAAUGGAUUAUAAUUAUGAAACUAUGGAAAAUUAUGUUACUGUUUUAAAAAUUGUUUCUCUUGAAGAUGAAACCAAAAAGGAUGAAAUUUCAAUUAAAUUGUUGAAAUUAAUGAAGAAUUAUUUAAUUAAAUCACCAAUAUUAGAUAUGAAAACUAAUAAAAUUGUCAUUUGGGAAUCAGAAAUUAGCAACUCAGUUAAACAAUUUUUAGUUGAUGAAUGGAAGAGUAAAACAGGUAUUGAAAAUUCAUCAAGAUCAGCCAUUUUAAUGAAUAAUUCUAAAGAUGAUGAACAAUUAAGAGAUGGUAAAGUUAUAUGGGAAGGUAAUGACAAAUUGCCAUGGUUUUAA